UACAAAACGUAACAUUUCCGCUUCCGGUAGCGCAGUAUCCUUCUCGGGCAGGAGAAAUGUUGUCCCGAUUACCGCGGCUGGGGCUUGCGUUGCCCCGGUCGGUUUCUGUCCUUUCGACCCGCUUCGUGUCGCAGUCCAAGGCGGACAGCGCCAUCUCCUCCACGGCUGUGACGGAUCCGUACGAGCCCGUGAAUCAGUCCGGACACGGCGAGGUCAGCCCGUUCGCCAAGAAUCCAGAUUUCCAUGGCUUCUCCACCGAUCCUGCAGAGGAUGAGAGGAACAUGAAGGUGGGCUUCUUCCUGGGCAUCUCUGUGGCUCUUGUUAUUGGAGGAACCUUUAUCCACUAUUUACCAGACCAUGGGAUGCGGAAGUGGGCCAGAAGGGAAGCAGAACGACUCAUUCGGCUCAGGGAGAAAGACGGUCUGCCGCUCAUCCAGGAAAAUUACUACGACGCCAGCAAAAUCAUCCUGCCCUCCUCCAACGAGGACUGACCCCUCCUGCACUGUCCCACUCUAUUUCAUGGUUGUUGUAAAUCACUGAUUAAAUAAACUAUGUUCUCAUUGGA